UCACUGUUGCGCGAAGACGGGCUCGACUGAAUCCACCCUUUGCCUCUCUCUCUCCUUGCCCCGGCCUUUCUCCGAGUCUUCCCGCGGCCCAACAGCCAACCACUCUUGCAGGCUGCGCUGGGCUGAAUUGUCCUGUGCCCUUCGAUGGGUGCUUACUACGUACCCUGUCCAGUGUCGUCACAGACACGCCUCAGGCCGGGUCACCCAAUGCCUGGGCAUCAUGCCGGAGUUCGAGAAGUCGAGCCGCGUAACAAUGCUCUCUGCACACGAGCCCGGCACACUUUGACUGGCGCAGACAAAGCCUCGCGUUGAGGGCGCGAUGGGUCGUGCUCAUGCCAGCAGAAAAACACCGCAUUUGCCGAUCAGCUUUCAUACUUCUAUCACGCUAGAAGCUUGCGCCACAGUGGCGGUUUAGAACUACUGAGUCUAUGUAUCUGCAGUGUCCGGGUUCAUCAGAAACGAGCUGCUCCACACUGCCAGACGUGUCCGCCCACAUGAAAGCCCUUGGUCGGCCCUGCUCGUCGACCGUUUCAGUCGCCGGCAAGUCGCUCAACGCAUGCAUCUGGCAUCCGCAUGAUGCGCACAUGACGCACCCGCACGCAGCAUGGAGGAACGUGCCAGAGUCGCCCAGUUCCUUGCCCUACCCGACACGGAGUGGAGGCAGGAUCUGUGGUGGAGGACGCGGGAUCGCGGUCGCCUCAUCUCAAAUCCACAUCGGGAUUGGGCCGCGCGAAGAAAGUCCGUCGACAGCGAAGACCGAAGCCUGCCGCCCUACCAGUACACCCCGCUCCCGGGACCCAGGGCCAUCCGCCUUCUGCGGCCUCUUUACGUAGACCAUGCGCUCUGCAUCGUAUUCGCGGCCGUGACCACCCGGAGCGUGGACGACGCCGACACGUACAUCGCGCUCUCGUACACAUGGGGUCCUGCGGAGUCCUCGCCAGACCAGGCCAGCGGAUCCGACCAGUUCUCCGUCCCGUAUUCUUUGCGUAUCGUGAAUCAGUCGGACCUCGACGACAUCGUCUUCGACUUUGUACGGACGCCGGAUGUGCCCAAUCCGGGCCUGUGCUGCGAGCACCUCCUGUCUGAAAUCAGCCUGACCCAGAACCUGUCCGACUUUCUGGUGCGGUACGCCGACUACGCUCCGUCCUUUCGCCGCCAGGAUGGCACGUGCGACAUCUGGAUCGACGCUGUGUGUAUCAACCAGGCCGACGACGCCGAAAGAUCGCGGCAGGUACGUCUUAUGGGCGACAUCUACCACAACGCCAGGGGCGUCUUGGUCUGGCUUGGAAACAACGACGAGGGUAUCGACGCAUUCCGGUGGAUGAACGAUCAUUUUCUAACGGCUCUGGAGAAUAACAAGUCCAACGACGAAUCGUGGGACGCGUAUGCGAAACGGCUGCAGAAACAUUCGCCGACCGACGAGAAGCAUUUGCAAGACUUGCUCGACCUGAAACCAAUGGGUGGUGACUGGCUUCAGCUCUGGGAUCGGUUCUUACGCUUCAUACAAAGAAAGCGCUGGUUCAGGCGGUGCUGGAUCCUGCAGGAGUACGCCCUGGCCAAAGGCGUCGUGUACUUAUGUGGCGAGAGCCGCGUCGGAGACCAUCUCCACUUGCUCAUGUACCUCGGAGAGUGGAUCACCAACCUCGAAGAAAUCCAGGACUGUUCCUACAACCUGUCCCCGACCGUGCACCUCUUCAGCGUAGCCAAUGAGUACAUCCGUCCGUUCGCCUCCCGACCAGGCUGCUUCGCGAACUUUUCUGCGGACCCAGAGCCGGAGCGGUCGGCCACCGAGGUGGCUAUGCAGUACCUCAGCUCGCUUUUGCAAUGGACGCGGGAGCGAGAGUGUGCUUUCGACGCAGACCGCGUCUUCUCCGUCCUUGGUGUCGUCUGCAGGCUCCUGGGUCCGUCCAAGGUUCUCCAUCCGGGCGUUGAAGACUUACUAGAUCGCCAAUCACCCGAGCAGGUCUUCACGUGGGCGGCCAGCGCCUACGCAAACACAGUCUCGUACACCGACAUGCUUGCAAACGUCGAGCCACGCGGCGAUCGGAAGCUCGUAGACUUACCAUCUUGGGUGCCAGACUUUUCCGUCGGCAUAGCCGUUUUUCCUGUGUCCCUCACGGGUUGCGAUGCCACCUUGACGGGUACGACGGCGUUCGAGAGACCUCGAGUCCGCGGGUCUACCCUGACGUUGGGUGCGCGGUAUGUCGACGUCGUCGUCGAGGCUUAUCCGGCUUGCUUGAGCAUAGCUCUCCUUUCCAUGUGGGGCGACGCUUUGAACAGCAUGAUCAUCGAUGCUUUGAAAGAAUGCGACACUUUCAUGGACGGGAUGAGCUUGAAAGACGUCGGUGCCUCUAUCGAAAGCGGGCUCCAACUCAUGUGGCCCACAUUCAACACCAAGGGGAGGUUGACGAAGCAAGGCCUAAGCAAAGCAAUGGCCAUGUUGGACGAGAUCGGACAAGAUCAGGCCGCUCUGAACGCGCUCGUCCUCUUCUUCUGCAAAUGGACCGUCCUGCUGAACAACGCGUACAACAAGACGCUGUCCCACGAGGAAAUGUAUCGCAUCAUAAUGUUGCUGGAUUACCGCGCCGCCGGCGGUGCAAACGUCGAUCGAGACCGAUGCGUGUUCGCCCGCAGCCUCUUCCGCACCUCCAAACCCUACGCCGGGCUCGGUCCCGCCUCGAUGCAGCCCGGAGACACGCUGUGGCUACUCGAGGGCGGAAAAGCAGCGUACGUCCUGCGUGAGAACAAGGGGCAGGGUACCUUCACCUUGAUCGGCGAGUGUUAUGGGCUCGGGAUCAUGGACGGCCAGCUGAUGGAGCCCGAACGCGAUGCGAGCUUCAUUUCGAUCGAUCUGGUUUGAGCGCGUGUCGUUUCCGUGACCCACUUGACACGCACCCGGAGCCUGUUUCCUUUGGGCUCGCGAGCAUGCCCUGGUGCACUUUGGUUGCGACAGUCCUCUGCGACCGGCAUGUUCGUCACACAAACACGAUAUUCAGCGCAACGCGCUUGCUGAAUACAUUCCUGCGACGCCCUCUUCCCCCCC